AUGUCAAGCGGAAGACCCAGCGUACGGAAUUCCAGGAACCGGAGUCAUCGCGAUCCCCAAGCGAGUAGAGGUAACCACGGGUAGAGGUAGUAGCGGCUGCAGUGGGUGUUCAGAGAGUCGGAUUGGUCAUUUCGUGUCCGUGGAAAUGCACCGGAUAGGCAGGGGUUUCAUUACUCAUAUGUCGUUAUCUCGUAGGAGGACUGGAGAAGAGACGGUAAGAUGGGGUCAGAAAGAAGAAGCUGCCGCAUCAUCUUCCGCUUUCGGCCAUCACGAGCCAUAGCAACACUCACAGGCUCUUCAACGUUAACAAACUUGUCGCCGUCGUGACCGGAGGCGGCACCGGGCUCGGCCUGUACAUCGCUCGGGCUCUGGCUGCCAAUGGGGCCAAAGCCGUUCAUACUGAGCAAGAACAAGGCUAUAUCAAUACUCUCUUCGAAAGUGCUUGGAUUGCCGGACCGGACCAAGUCAAGCUUAUGCAAAAGCGAUAUGAUAGCAAACUCACGGUCAAGAAUUUUCAAAACGCGAUGCUGAACUCGCCAACGGAAGAAUUUACCAACGCUCUCAACGUGAACACGGCUGGAGCCUUCUACACAGCCAUGGCCACAGGAGUCUCGGAUUACUCACGACUUCCGUGGCCGGCUUCUGCCGCUUGCCAGGGCUCAGUUUUGCGUAUGGUACCAUGUCUCCGAAGUCGCAGCCGGACGUUUGGCGAAGAUGCUGUCAACUACAUUUGCGGAGUAGUAUGGCUGUCACAUUCGCCGUCAACAUGGGCGCCCUGGGCUUUGAUCCAUGCAUUUUAUCCUUGCGGAACUGCAGCUCCCCACGUGAGCGAUAUCGUUGUCAAAGGAGAAGGAGACGGUGGGCGUACCCGAUAUGAUGCCGGCCUGCCGUGCUGGAGACUGGGAGUGAUCGCGAUUUGGCUGGCACUGUUCCCUUGGUGA